ACCCGUCCAGGUGUCGUUGCAGCUUUGGCGUACUGUGCCCACACAGUGGGCAGGCGCAGAACAGCAUAUUCAUUAUCGACCCUUCCCAGAACAUCAGAGUUGCCAUGGUUGACGAGAACGCGGCCAAGUUCUCUGUGAACGAUGUCCUGCAGCUAGUCAGCGCUCUUCACUCAUGUCCACGGUAGGCGAGGCGGCUAAAUGGGGGCGAGAGCGGAUGCUGUGCUGCCGAUCCAACAUGCCCGGUGGGACCAUCUGUCCGGUGAGAGCAUCUGACGAGACGAACGGCCUGUUGAUUCUUUGCCUUAAUCGUUUGAAUAUAAUCAGCACUGCUUUUUUUCCAAGCACCCCGUCUGUAGCGCGCAUAGCUCUUUUUUCGUCUCCACUUUGCAAUUCAACCAAGCAAUGCCCCGUGUCGCUCGCGAACGUACAAAGUAUCAUACUACCAAGGCCACAGCAGCAGCAGCUCCCCCAGUCAGCGCAUCGGCUGCCGGACAGAGCCUCUUCUCAGGCUUGUCUGCAGCCUUGGCGAAGCCAGCGGAGAAGGAGGCUGAUAUCGUUUCGGCCCCUGUGCCACUCGUUCGCCGGUCCUGUGUCGAGUAACGAUAUUGAUGGCGAGGAGAAUGAGGACGGCGCUACUGGGCGCAAGACAAAGAAGGCGAAGCGUGUUGACCGGCAUCAGAAAUGGAUGGAGAAGAUGCAGGCGGCGCGCAAUGCUGACAGGAAGCACAAGCAAAGGAAGGGACGGUCUACCAACAAGAGCGCACUGAUCCGCGGAAUGGGCGGGCUGGAGGAAUCGCUGCGAGAGAUCCAGGCCGACCAGCUGGCUAAGGAUCUGUUUGCACCAGCAAAGAAGGCAAAGAAGGCUGCUGCUGCGGGUGGCACCACGGGUCCGCUGCAGCAGGGACCCAAGUCGCUGAAGGCAAAGCAUAAGGCGGCGAUCAAAGAGGAAAAGCGCUUUGUCCAGAUUCUGGGCCAUCCGGCGUUUAAGGCCGAUCCGCUAGCGACGAUUCGGCAGCAUCUGGCAAACUCGCUGAAUCAACAGCAGCAGCAGUAGAGCCAACAGUAGGUAUUUUGUUUCGUUUUUAUAGUGAAAAAGGCUACAAAAAAGCUGCUUAAUUGCGCUGGUCUUGACUAGGCGGCGGCUUCCAGUGACUCGUCGGCGCUGUCUCGUUCUUCCGUCUCUUGGUGGCACGAUCCUCCAGGUCUGAUUCCUCAGCAGGAUCGUCGAUGUCAACUGCAUCGCUGGCCGCUUGUUAGAAGGUGAAGCGGCUGCCGAGUUGACGUGGGUCUCGGGC